AAAAACAGAAACAAGUUCUGUGGAUUGCUUCAUGAAGUUCAGGGCAAUAAAGGAGAAGGAGAGGAAAACCUUUUUUACAAAGAAAAGUCAUGCCUCAAAGAAGGAUAAAGGAGUAAAGAUUUACAUUGGAAGUAUGGAAAGACAUUGUGGUGUCCUAAAGCCCCUGAGAGGGAAACGGCUGCCUCUUGAAGUUGAAACAAACUGGACAUCUGAGCAAGUGUUAAUAGCUGGCAAAAAGAAAGUAAAAGAUUUUAAUCAAGACAUGGAAGAUGGGCCCUAUGUUUUACUGUACCCAGAUGGUUCAGAGGUUAAGAAUAUUCCAGGAACAAACACCCCUUUUAAACUACAGCUGUACAAAGAGGCAAUUGGGAAGGCUUACCAAAGAAUAACACUGUAUAUAUGCACAGUUGAAGACUUUUUUGCCACUGACUGUAAUGAGGAUUCUUCAAGUGAAGACAGCGUAGUGCAAGUAAAAUUUACCUCUCACAGUCAACAUGAUGAGAGUGACACUUUGAUAUGGGAUAGUGCGGAUGAAGCAGGAAGCAGCUCACACCGGUAUUACCUUAGUAAAGUUAAGAGGACAUUUUCUGAAGUUCAAGUGUUGCACAAAAUAAUCUUUAGUUGUUAUUUUUUUAGACCGCCUGAUCACUCUUUGCCUGUUCAGGAACAAGAAGCAGGAAAAAUCAGAACCAACAUACAAGAACAUGUACGUGACCAACAAAAAUGCUACACUAAUUACACACGUCUGUAUGCACCAAUAGUGAUUGAAAGUGAUUCAGAAGGGUCAGACCAGAGUACACAACAUGUUGAAGAGGAAUGGAUCUCAGAUGCAAUCUCUGCUGCAGACAUUGUGUCAGAUCUUUCACAGAAGAUCAUAAGGACGUCUUGCAGUAGAUUCAACAUAAAUCGAGCUAAUAUUUGGGAUGGAGCAGUUCGUGGUUUUAAACGUGCAUCAUAUGAUCCAUUGCAUGACAUGCUUGUCAAAUUUACAGACGAUGAAGGCUCAACUGAAGAUGCAGUUGACACAGGUGGUCCAAAACGUGAGUUUCUAACCCUCCUAAUGGACUGUUUAAAAGCACGGCGAAUUUUUGAUGGACCAGAAAACGGGAGAUUUCUCACCUUUAAUAAUGCAGCUGUCAGAGAAGAUGAGUACUUCCUUGCUGGCCGGAUGAUUGCAGUCUCUAUUGUACAUGGUGGUCCAGGUCCUCGCUUUUUAUCAAACAUGCUGUAUGAUUACCUCAUUGGUAGAACUGACAUUAAUGGAACAGUUGAGGAUGUAACAGAUGAAACCAUGAAGGCAGCUUUAAUUGAGAUAUCAAGUGCAGAAUCACUAGAUGAAUUGCACACACUGAUUGAGAAGUAUGAAAGCUUGCUGCAGACUGCUGGGUGUUUUGAUUUCCCACAAAGUGUAAAAGGCAAAGACAACAUUGUGAAGGAUUUCAUACUGUGGUACAUUAUAUACAGAAACCAAUACUCUGUGCAAAGAUUUAGGGAUGGGCUUUCCACCCUGGAUGUCAUCAAUGCCCUGCAACAACACCCUAUUGCAUUCAGACCCUAUAUGUGCUACAGUGUUGACAGACUAACAGCUGUAUCUCUGGAGGAUGUCUUCAAGCCACAGCUCAGUGAACCUGGUAGCACCAGACGACAAGAAGAAACAAGAAUACUGGGAUACUGGAGAGACUAUCUGCUUGACACUGGAGAACAAGAAACAGGAGUCUCCCUCCAGAACAUUUUGAUGUUUGCCACGGGAUUAGAUUCACUGCCUCCUUCAACAAUUGUGCCACAGCCCAGACUCAUUUUUGAAAGGUCUUCUAAAUUUCCCAUUGCAAGCACCUGUGCCAACACAAUCAAAUUGCCAGUGUCAAAAAGCUAUGAUGAGUUCAAAAAUGCAAUGGAUUUUGGAAUUCAAAACUCACCUGGUUUUGGAUUGCGCUGAUUAGUAUUAAUGUAUGGAAAGCCAGUUUUUGCCACUGAACAAUUUUUUUUUAAAGGUUAUUGCAAGUUUUCAUCUCAGAAUUGCAUGAAACAAACACAAUUUUAUUUCUGACUUUAUAACUUCUGAGGAAAAAUUCAGAAUUCUAAGAUUUUUUUAUAACCUUUUUUAUUUUUUAUUUAAUGAUGAAAACUAGGGUUUUUGAGUGUUCUUGUUUACCCUUAGUUAUUGUUUAAAAAAAAAGGAAAGAAAAUGUGUAAAUUAUUGAUAUUGUGGUAUUGUUUGUAGAUUCCACAAAAAUAUAUAAUAAAAAAAAUGAUGAAAACUGGCAUCCAUACUAAAAGGAUAGUUCACCCACAAAUAAAAGUUAAUAAUAAUGUAUUCACCCUCGUAUUGUUUCAAACAUGUAUGCGUUUUGAGUAAUGUUAGUAACCAGACACUUGACAGUACAUACUGACCUCUACUGUACUUUUAUUUUCUACCACGGUAGUCAGAGUACUAUCAAGUGUCUGGUUACCAACAUUAUGCAAAAUAUCAUCUUUUUUGUUUAACAAAAAUAACAAACUUGUAUGGGUUUAUAUAAAUUGAUAACUUUCAUUUUUGGGUGAGUUAUACCUUUGAAUUUCUUUUUUCUGUUUAAAUGUGGGCCAUGUUCUUUAAAGAUAUGUAGUUUUCCACACCAGCCUCCCAAGUGUGAGGUGUAGUUAGAUUGGUUUGAGCAUGUAGUUCUUCAAAGUGUGCCUGCAACUGUCCAUCUCCACAUGUGCUACGAGUUGGUUCAAUGAAAAACUCGUCCAGUGCUUCCUGUGAGAUGCUAAAUCCAGAUUCUCUUCCAUUGAACCUUUGAAUAAAGAAGUAAAAAAGUC